GAGAGGGAGAGUUUUACCUGCAAUUCCAAAGAGGUGCCCAUUCCCUGUGAAACCCCAUUGAUUCUCUGAAUCCCGUAGCUGGGAUCAGAGAGUCACUGUCUCAUACCCUUGUCCAUUUCUUGAAUUUAAUUUCAUUGGAAAUCGUUUUGCAUGGAUUUGAACUUCUAAGAACAAAAAAAGAAUUUAAAGAAAAAACUGCAAAUUGAAGAAGUGGGUUUCUUGAGGAUUGGGAUUCUCUGAGAUGGGUACGUCCCAAAGUGAGGGAAGAAUGGAGGGGUGGCUAUAUCUCAUACGCUCCAAUCGGAUUGGGCUUCAGUACUCCCGCAAGCGAUACUUCGUUCUCGAAGGUCACUAUCUCAAAAGUUUCAAAUCAGCUCCUAUUUCAAACAACAAGGAUCCUGUUAGAAGUGCUAUUAUAGAUUCUUGCAUUCGGGUCAUGGACAAUGGGAGGGAGAGCAUUCAUAGAAAAGUAUUCUUCAUAUUCACACUUUAUAAUACUUCAAAUCACAAUGAUCAACUAAAGUUGGGAGCAAGAAGUCCUGAAGAAGCAGCAAGAUGGAUUCAUUCCUUUCAGGAAGUAGCUUUAAAGGGUGGUCCUGGCAUGGGAGAUAAUCUCGUGGGUUGUUUCAAGAGCAGAUGGCAGUCCUUUAGAUUCAGUGGUUCUAGCAGGAUAAAUCAUUCUAAUUCUAUUGACUGGACUCUUUGUUCUUCCACACAAAUGGAUCCUGUAACUUCUGAUGUUAUUGCUCCUUCAUCUUGGACGAUAUUUGGUUGUCAAAAUGGGCUACGGCUAUUUAAAGAAGCUAAAGAUAGGGAGUUCCAUGUGAAGCAGUGGGAUGAUCAUCCCGCUAUAAUGGCUGUGGGUGUGGUGGAUGGAACUUCAGAAGCCAUUUUCCAGACGCUUAUGUCUCUUGGUCCCUCAAGAUCUGAAUGGGACUUCUGCUUUUAUAAGGGCAGUUUGGUUGAGCACCUUGAUGGUCAUACUGAUAUUAUCCACAAGCAGUUAUAUAAUAAUUGGUUACCUUGGGGAAUGAAACGAAGAGAUCUAUUAUUGCGACGUUAUUGGAGAAGGGAGGAUGACGGAACAUAUGUUAUUCUCUACCAUUCCGUGUUUCACAAGAAGUGUCCACCUCAGAAAGGCUACAUCCGUGCCUGCCUUAAAAGUGGAGGAUAUGUUAUAUCGCCUGUGAACCAUGGGAAACAGUCAGUUGUAAAGCACAUGCUUGCUAUUGAUUGGAAAUUUUGGAAAUCUUAUCUACGACCUUCUUCAGCCCGAUCUAUAACCAUCCGUAUGCUUGGGAGAGUUGCUGCAUUACGAGAGAUGUUUAGAGCAAAACUAGGAAAUUACACUUCUCCUGAUUUCUCAUCUGGAGAAUUGACAAGAAACAUUAGGUUGAAUCAGACAGAAGGUGCUAGCACAGUUGAUUUUCGAAUACUGACAGGGGAUGGGAGGACAAAGGAAAAUAUCACUGAAGAAAUGGAGAAAACACCUUCAGAACAUGGAAGCCUUGUUAGCUUGAAUGAUGCUUCUGAUGAAUUUUUUGAUUUUCCAGAACCAUCAGAUUAUGAUCAAUCUGAAAAUAUCCUGACUCCCGAUUUUGGUCCGGAUAUGUACUCUCAGGAUAUACGUCAACCGAAGUUAUCAACUGCUGCUGGUUUUGUGAAGAGAUUGCAUGAUCUUGCAGUUCAGAAGAAGGGCUAUAUGGACUUGCAAGAGAUGGUAAGAGAAGACUGUAUCCCAUGCUGCUAUGGGACAACUCUUCCCAAAGAUCCAACUUGUACAUUAGCUAGCAGUUGGACAGCAGCAGAUCCUACCACUUUCCUAAUUCGUGGAGAGAAUUAUUUGGAAGACCAUAAGAAGGUUAAGGCAAACAGCACCCUCAUGCAAAUGGUUGCUGCAGAUUGGCUAAAAUCUGACAAGCGAGAAGAUGAUCUUGGAGGCCGUCCUGGGAGCAUUGUUCAGAAAUAUGCAGCACAGGGUGGGCCAGAGUUCUUCUUCAUUGUAAACAUACAGGUCCCAGGCUCAACAACAUAUAGCCUAGCUCUAUAUUAUGUAAUGAAUACUCCUGUGGCAGAUGCACCCUUGCUAGAGAGUUUCAUCAAGGGCGAUGACGCAUAUAGAAAUUCGAGGUUUAAGCUCAUACCAUAUAUAUCAAAGGGUUCAUGGAUAGUUAAGCAGAGUGUAGGAAAGAAAGCAUGCCUGAUUGGUCAAGCCCUUGAAAUUAAUUAUUUCCACGGGGAGAACUAUUUGGAGCUUGGGAUCGAUAUUGGGUCAUCAACAGUUGCAAGGGGUGUGGUCAGUCUUGUUCUUGGGUAUCUUAGCAAUCUGGUUAUUGAGAUGGCAUUUUUGGUACAGGCCAAUACAUCAGAGGAGCUUCCUGAGUAUCUUCUUGGAACCUGCCGUCUAGACCAUCUUGAUGCCUCCAAAGCAGUAUUACUGAAACGAUGAUUUUCUCCCCAAUACGUCCAAAAAACCCACCAAGAUGUUGAGGUUAGAGGGUUGAACAUGAAACAUAGAUAUUGGAACUUCAGGUUGUUUGUGCUCUGCACAGUUACCUGCAGCAGUCAUUCUUUUACUCAACCAAAUUGAAAUUAGCAGCAGGUUCUUUUGCUGUAAAUAUCAUUAAAAUUGAUAAAAAAAAAAAAAAAAAAAAGGUUUGUAGCAAAGAUGGCAUUUCUUGUUAGUGCUGAUUCUUUGAUUAGAUUUAUGAUUGGUGUAGGUAUAGCAUAUCCUCUCUAUUUGUUUUGUUCACUUUGGCAGUGUUUUCUCUCUUCGCUGCUAGUGGUUAUUCCAUAUUGCUUUGA